AUGAGUUAUAGCAAGAAAGAUGAAGACGGCGAUGCCACAAUCAUGAAGGUAGACAGAACCUCUGUCUUCCAAGAAGCGCGACUGUUCAAUUCCUCUCCAAUCCAGCCUCGAAGAUGUCGAGUACUUCUUACCAAGAUCGCGCUGCUUCUCUAUACAGGAGAGAAAUUUCCCACGAACGAAGCUACCACCCUGUUCUUCGGAAUCUCGAAACUCUUCCAGAAUAAAGAUGCCAGCUUACGGCAGAUGGUUCACCUUGUCAUUAAGGAAUUGGCUUCAUCCGCGGAGGAUAUUAUUAUGGUCACAGCAACCAUUAUGAAGGAUACCGGUGGUGGAACAGACGCAAUUUACAGACCAAACGCAAUCCGUGCCCUAUGUCGGAUUAUUGAUGGGUCUACGGUCCAAAGUAUCGAACGUGUCAUGAAAACGGCGAUUGUUGAUAAGAAUCCCUCCGUAUCCUCAGCCGGGUUGGUAUCUUCAUACCACCUGCUUCCGAUAGCACGAGAUGUUGUACGCAGAUGGCAAAGCGAAACACAAGAGGCCGCAAGUUCUACCAAAUCAUCUGGCGGCUUCUCGUUAGGCUUUUCCACCUCCUCAAGCCAGGCACCUGUAAAUAACUCGACCAUGACACAAUACCACGCAAUCGGCUUGCUAUAUCAAAUGAGAAUGCAUGACAGGAUGGCAUUGGUUAAGAUGGUUCAGCAGUUUGGAGUAGCAGGUGCUGUAAAAAGCCCUGCAGCCACUGUCAUGCUAGUCCGACUCGCAGCUCAAUUGGCAGAAGAAGACCCUCAGCUUCGAAAGCCAAUGAUGCAGCUCUUGGACGGCUGGCUCCGACACAAGAGUGAAAUGGUCAAUUUUGAGGCUGGUAAAGCGAUCUGCGAAAUGCGAGAUGUUACCGAUGCCGAGCUCGCUCCAGCUGUACUUGUUCUUCAACUUUUCCUCACCUCCCCAAGAGCAGUCACCAAGUUUGCUGCAAUCCGAAUCCUUCACAAUCUCGCAUCCUUCAACCCUCAAGCCGUCCGUCAAUGCCUUUCUGAAUUCGAACUUCUCAUUCUCAAUGCCAAUCGCUCAAUUGCGACCUACGCUAUCACUACGCUCCUGAGAGCCGGAACCGAAAACAUGGUGGACCGGUUAAUGAAGGUGAUCCAGGGCUUCAUGGCUGAUAUUACAGAUGAAUUCAAAAUCACGAUCGUGGAAGCUAUCCGGACAAUGUGUCUCAAAUUCCCGAGCAAGCAAGCGGGUAUGCUAGCAUUUCUCAGUGGGAUUCUACGUGACGAAGGUGGUUACGAGUUCAAGCGUGCUGUUGUUGAGAGUAUGUUCGACUUGAUCAAAUUUGUGCCGGACUCUAAAGAAGAUGCUCUUGCGCACCUAUGCGAAUUCAUUGAAGAUUGCGAGUUCAACAAGCUCGCUGUCCGGAUACUGCAUCUUCUGGGAAUUGAAGGGCCAAAAACGUCACAGCCCACCAAGUAUAUUCGCUAUAUCUACAAUCGUGUCGUAUUAGAAAUUGCCAUUGUCCGAGCUGCGGCGGUCACAGCUCUUGGCAAAUUUGGUGUCGGCCAGAAAGAUCCUGAGGUCAAGCGAAGCGUCACAGUAUUGCUUACUAGAUGCCUGGACGAUGUCGAUGAUGAAGUCCGUGAUCGUGCUGCGCUUAAUUUGCGUCUGAUGAACGAAUCCGAUGAAAUGGCGGACCGGUUUGUCAAGAAUGAAAACACCUUCGCUCUACCGUACUUUGAACAUCAAUUGGUCAUGUAUGUUACUGCUGAGGAUAAGUCAACUUUCGAUUCUCCCUUCGACAUUGCAACAAUUCCUGUUGUCACCAAGGAGCAAGCGGACGCGGAAGAUAGAACGAAGAAACUUACAACAGUUACGCCAGCAGCGAAGGCGCCGAAGACCGGACCAUCGAAGGACCCGGUGUCGAGUGCUGAGGCGUCAGCGAAUGCCUCCGCAGCGGCUCAAAAGUAUCAGGAAGAACUUCUGCAGAUUCCAGAAAUGAAAUCAUACGGCAGUGUCUUGAAAUCCUCGCCGGUUGUCGAACUGACCGAGACAGAAACAGAAUACGUUGUGAAUGUUAUCAAACACAUUUUCAAGGAACACAUUGUCCUCCAGUACGAAGUCAAGAACACUUUACCUGACACUGUGCUAGAGGACGUUUCUGUUGUUGCAACACCGUCGGACGAGGAAGAGCUUGAGGAAGACUUCAUUAUCCCUGUGUCAAAACUGGCCACAGAUGAGCCAGGCACCAUCUAUGUCUCUUUCAAGAAGCUAACCGGCGAGGCUUCGUUCCCAGCAAGUUCUUUUACCAACGUCUUGAAAUUUACAAGCAAGGAGAUCGAUCCUACGACUAGUGAGCCAGAAGAGACUGGCUAUGAUGAUGAAUACCAAGUCGAAGAUCUCGAGCUCAAUGGAAGUGAUUAUGUCGUACCUGCUUUCGCUGCUGAUUUUAGCACGAUCUGGGAAGAAGUCGGCACUGCCGGAGAGGAGGCUCAGGAAACACUGCAGCUCAGUGGGGUCAAGAGCAUCGCCGACGCCACCGAACAGCUUACAAAAACUCUGUCACUACAACCUUUGGAUGGUACCGAUGUGCCUGUUAACACGACAACACAUACCCUCAAACUGUUUGGUAAGACUGUUACUGGUGGAAAGGUUGUAGCAAAUAUUCGGAUGGCCUACUCCACAAAAUCUGGGGUCACAAGUAAAAUCGUGGUCCGCAGUGAAGAGGAAGGUGUUGCAGAAUUGGUCAUUGGGUCUGUUGCUUAG